GGCGGUUGUUUGUUACGGUUCCCAUUGCUGAUUUUGAGAAUCGUCGUUACAAUCGUUACAUCGCGGAUUUUCAAUGAAGGUAAUCGAUUAUUCAAAUAUAGUGUAAUAGGCAAUAUUAUGAAUUAUCGUAUUUUAGAUUUCGAGCGCUAGCGAUACUGAGCUAUUAGUUUUAUUAAGAUUUUUAUUUUAUUUUUUUGACGCACCCACAAAACAUUGUAAUAGUUUUUUAAAAUAGUAUGGCUACAGGUGGGUAUAGGACAAUAAUAAAUAGGUUUACUUGAAUUCUACAAGUAUACAAUAAUUAUUAUUAUUGCACAGUAUUUUGUGUACAUUUUAGUACCAAAUUUUUUUUUUUUUUUUAUUAAUAUUAAUACACAUCAUACAAAUACAAAUGAUUUAAUUAUUUAAUUUGAAUGACCAAAAAAAAAAAAAAAACUUAGUGUCAUUAAAUAAUAACAAAAACAAUUUAACCUUAGUUAAUUUAGUGAGAUUUAACAGUAAGUUGUAAUGCUACAGAAUAUGUAGGUAUGUCAAAAAACCACAUUGAGGAUGAGGACUAAAGAAAUCUAAGUUCUCAUAGCUAUAUCCACAUUAAAGUAAUAUCACAUUAAUGAGUUACAUUGUUAUUGAAUUGCCUUGAUAUUAAAUUUAAAUUUUAUGUUUAUCAAUAAAUUUGAAUUAUGUUUAAGGUGAGUAUUCAAGUAAAGUAGUAAAGUAGCAUGGCUUCAAAUCCUCCAUCAAGAUCUUCUCGAGGAAGGGCCCGUGGUCGUGGUGGUGCUCCAUCAGAGAACCAAAGUCCACCUAGACCACAGACACAGGGACCUAGACCACAGACACAGGGACCUAGACCACAGACACAGGGACCAAGACCACAGACACAGGGACCUAGACCACAGACACAGGGACCUAGACCACAGACACAGGGACUUGGCCAACAGGUCUCAAGACCUCAGGCUUCAAGACCACAAACCACUAGACAACAGGCUCCUAUAACACAAACAAAACAAACUACGGAAAGUUCUAAUGUGAGAAAUAUACUUUAAAACUGAUUUAAUCAUUCAAAAUCAUUAAUUUUUUUAACUUGAAUUUUAAGAUUGAAGAAAUAACACAGGGAGUCCUUAACAUAAGAACUGCUAAAGGUACUGUGAAAUUUAUUAAUAUAAAUGUUUAAGUAUUUCAUUUGAUUUUGAGUAUAAUUGGCUAAAAGUGAUAUAUAUAUAAAAAAUAAAAAAAAAAAAUGUGCAGAGUAUCUUGUUUUAAAUACAAUAAUGUUCCUGUUAUUUAUAGAUGAGUGUCACUCAGAAGUCAGUAUCAGUAGAGGUGCUAUGCAUGGCCGGGGAAUGAUGAAUAAUGACAUCUUAUUAGUAAAACCGGAAAAGGCAAGAAUAAAAGGAAAGGAAGGUAUGGUAUAAACAAAUACUAUUUAGUAUUAAAUAUUAAAUUAUAUAAAUUAUUCACUUUUAUAAAAAAUACUAAUAAUUGCACUUUAAUAUGAUGAAUGAAGAUUUAUACUAUAUUUCUGUUGAUAAUGAAAAAAAAUUAAUUUGAAAAUGUCAAUUUAGAAAUUUUAGCAUCAAUUUAUAUGCGCACAAGAUUUUUUUAAUUAAUGACUUAUUAUAUUUAGACGUAUAUACUGGCACAAUUAGGGAGAGUUUAAUCUCUUUUAAAUUUGAUUUUUCUUUUUAAUCUUAGUGAUUUGUGUUGCUAAGAUCAUAUAAUAGUAGUAUUUCUUAAGAACUAGAAAUAAAUACCAGAUUUUUGUUUUAUGUUUUGGGCUUUUAAAUCUAGUGUAAAUCAAAGCAGAUUUAAUUUUGACCUAGGUGUUUUUUGGACCAACCCUUUUUAUUAGUAAAAGUACUCCAAAAUUUCAUCAUGUGGUACUUUGUUUGAAAUAUUUUUCUGUAUUCCCAAUAGAUUAUUUAAUUAAUUUAAAAAAAAAAUUAGUUUUCUUUUAUUAACUUUUGGGAUAUCUUGAUCACAUGUAAAAAAAAAAAAAAAAAAUAGACUUAACAUCUAUUACCAAAUUACUGAGCUUCACUCAAAAUCAUUUUUUUUAUUGUAAUAAUUUAUUUAUGUUUUCGGUAUAUAAACUAAAUUACUUUGUUUCUUAUAUCUUCAAAAUUUUUCCCUACAACAGUGGUCUGAUCCAUGAUAUGAAGUAUGCUGUGUAUAUUUUUAAAAAUUAUUAUUUAUCUAAAAAUAUAUUUAAACAUUUUUUUACCAUCCAUAAUUAUACUAUUAGCCUCUUAUUAUCUUACGAUAAAAUGUGUUAGUAAAAUUGCUCUGUUUUUUCACUUGAUCCUUUAAUUGAAAUUUGUUUCGAAAUAAACAAUACUUUUUCUAUAAAAUUGUUUUUCAAAUUUUUUGUCUGACAAAUGCUUUAAUUUGUUCACAGUGUAUCUUAACAAAUGUGGAAUUUCUGCUUGGCAAUAUUUUAUUUGAACAAAUUAUCAAUAUUUUCAGUAGUUCACCAGCAUGCUUUUAUUUUAUUGUUAGAAUUUUGUCUAUUUCUGGGCUAUCUUGGAAAUAAGAGAAAGAAAAAGACUAUUAUGAUGCAUUAAUUAAUACUCUGCUGAAUAUGAUUUUUUUGGUUUAUGUUGUAUAGAGCAUACUUAAAUUAGAUUACCUAGUUGUCAUUUUUUCACUCUUUUGAGAAAAUAGAAAUUAUGCUCACGGAUUAUUUAUAGUAGUGGACAUACAAACAAACUUUGAAUGAGACAUUUUUCAAUACUUUAAAUUGAUAUUUUAUUUUUGACUAUUGAAUUAUCAUUGAAAAUAUGAGCACAUGCCAAAUUUCAAGUUGAUUAGACUGGGGGAUUGAUCAAUAAUUGAUGACAAGUUUUAAAUUUCUUCACAAGUAAUUUAGUAUAAAUCAUGGGAAAAAGGGUUUGUGUGCAAUGUAAGAAUUAAAAGUUUAGAGUUUAGUCAAAUAUACAAAGAUUUUAAAUUUUGCAUAAUAUUGGUGAACAGAUAGGGUUUCAACAAAAUGAUACAUAUUUUCAAAUAUUAAUACCUAAAUGGUUAAUAAUUGCAUUUUGGAAUUAUAAAUGUCUAGUGCAAUUUCUAUUUAACUUUGUACAUAAUAUAUAAAUUACGAUUUUAUUAAAAAUAUUAAUGACUGGAAGAUAUGGUAAUUGAUUUUUUUUUUUUUAUGAAUAUCUAACUUAAUUUGGGUAAUAACAGAUAAUUUUUUAAUAUAAUUAAAACAUUUAUUUAAUCAUUAUAUGUAACAACAUAAAAUUAAAAAUACGAUACCUAUUUUUAUUUUAUUAAUUUUUUAGGACAAUUUGGAAAUCCUGUGGCUUUACUUUCAAAUUACUUUCCAAUCAGUGCAUAUACAGAUUGGGUUCUUUAUCAGUAUCGGGUAGAUUUCAGUCCAGAAGAAGAUAGAUUCAUUGUCCGAAAAGGUUUAUUAGGUGCACACCAAAAACGUUUGGGUGCAUAUAUAUUUGAUGGAACAAUGUUAUUUAGCAGUAGAAAAUAUGAACCGAAGGUUUGUAGUAUCUUGAUUAUAAAUUUUAAAAAAUAACUUACGAGGUUGCUAUAUUACCAUGUACUGUAUCAGUCCAUUUAAUGGUCAAUUUAGCUACUUCUAUAUCCUACUGUAUGAAUCUAUUUUACGUAGUCUGCAUAGAAAUCUGUUAAUUUUCGUUUUAGAGUAAAAGUGUCUAUUAUAAAAUUAAAAGAAAGCAAGACUAUGCGUUUUUUCUAUUAUUCUAAUUAUUAUUUCGGAUAUAUAACUUUCAAUACAUCGUUUAGAAAUAAAAACUAAUAUAUAUAUAUAUAUUGUUAUUAUAUUAUUAUUAUUAUUACUAUUUAAUAUAUUAUUUUUAAAUGAUUGUAACAUUUUAAAAAAAGAAACACAUUGUCUUGUCCUUUGGAAUAUUGUCCUCUUUUAAUUUUAUAAUAAGUGCUUUCGCUUUAAAAUCAAAAUUAAGCAAGUUCUAUGUAAACUGUGAAAGGUAAAUUUUGCUAUAUUGCCCGUUAGUUGGUCUGAGACAGUAUAUGUGGAUAUAGCGUCCUGUUAAUGACUUCUAUAGUACAUAAUAUAUUAUAUUAGAAUUUGAUUAAUAUCUCUUGUGAUAAUUAAUUUAUUGUUAUCAGAAGCUACUGUGGUUAAUAUUUAUAGAAAAAUCACAGUCUUAGUUUUUCUAAGAUUGUGGUUGAAAUUAUAGGUAGGUAUAUACUAUUGUAUAUUUUUGAAAAGAAUACAGUUUUAAAUUUUCAGGAAUGUUCUAUAGUAAUCUCCAUUUCUCCAUUUUUAUUUUAUUAAAAUUGGCUACCUACUUAGUUCAGCUGGAAAUUUUACUUUUGAAUUAUCAAUAAAAUCAAAUUAAUUGUUAUAAUUAUAAUUGUCAGUAUAAAUAUGUUACUAUAUGUUUUUUUUUUUGAAACUGAAGUUUAAAUUAAUUUCCAGAUUGCUUUCUUUUUACAGUUUUGGUUUUCAAUUAUUUUAUUAAAAGAUUCUGGUCUUUGAAAAUAUUUUAAUUUUUGGUUCCCAUUAUUUUAAUUGCGUUUUAAUCCCUUAACUGGUUCUUUUUGAUUCCCUGGUGUAAAUAUAAAAAUAUAUAAAACCAUUAAAAAUGCCAAAAAAGUAAUGUUAAAAAAUUGGCUGAAUUAAAGCAAAUAAUGCUGUUUUUAUGUAUAACAUUUUCUAGAAUUAUGAUAUUUGUUUUUUGUUAAUAAUAUUAUUUAGUAUUAAUAUAUUUAUAUUCAUUAUUUAUUAAAUUUGUUUUUAGACAUUUGAACUUACUUCGAAGCGGUAUGAUGACACAAUGAUAAAGGUCACAAUUACAUUCACCACAGUUCUUGAUCCGUGCCAUUAUGCGCACAUUCAAGUUUUUAAUCUAAUACUGCGUAAUUGCUUAAGAAGUUUAAAUCUGCAACAAAUUGGAAGAAAUUUUUAUGACGCCAAAGCUCAAGUAAUUGUUAACUUCAAUAUUAUUAGGUAUAUUAUAUUUUUGUUUAAUUUGGGAUUGACAAAUUUAUUAAUAGUAUUGUAUAUAAAUAAUACUGCUGUUAUAAUUUAAUCAAUAAGAUGUAUUUUUAUUGUACAGGGUUGUUUUUUUAACAUUUAAGUGUUUACAUUUGAUAUUUUGAAAAAAGUAUACUUUUUAUAAAUCAGUUUUUUUAACCAUUUAAAAAAUAAACGGAUCUAAAAUGUUAUAUUCUUACUGUAUUUUGAUAAACUUAUUUUUUUUUGGGGAAUGACUCUCUACUUUUGAUUUUCAAAUGGCAACCAAUAACACAAAUUUUGUAAAUCAAUCUUAUUGAUAAGAUAUUCUACUUUAAGCUUAAAUAAAGAUGAUGUAGUGGACUAUCAUUUGUAAGGUUUGCACGGCAUGCAGCAUUUUAAUAGUGUUUUAUCAGUCUCCUUAUACCCACACCUAAAAAUGGAAUAUUUUGUUUCCAAGUUAAUGUAAAUCAAAAACGUCAACACUUAAAUGGCAAAAUGUAUGUAAAUUAAUACUCCAUCUAUUUAUGAAAUGUCUACUAUAGAUUACCAUUUGAAAAUCAAGUAGAUAGGUAAUCAUUUCAAAACCCAAAAAAAUUUGACAAAAAUUAAUGGUAAUGUGUAGCAUUAUAGAGCUCCUUGUUUGAAAAAUAAACAACAUUUUUUUAGAAAUAUCGACUGUAAACAUUUAACUUUAAGUUGAGCAUAUAUGUAGUUUUAUGCUUAUUUUUAGAGAUUAAGGUCUCGGAUUUAAGCACGUUGUCCCGAUGUUUAUCAAGUCCUGGCUGGGACAAUUAAUGGUAAUGGGCUGAUACACUUUUUAUCAAUAUCCAAUACUUUGAUUUACGUUGGCAACACAAAAUAUCAAUAUUCAGUAUAAAUAUUUAAAAUUUAAAAAUCAUGAAUUGAUAUUGAAAUUAACUUAAAUAUUUCUUGGAACCCUGAUUUUUUCUAAUACCUUUUUUAUACUCCAGAAACUAGACAUUUUUCUCUAAAUAUAUUUGGUCAAUUAUCAGUUAAGAAACAAAAAAAAAUUUAAUAUUGAGUAUCGGUUUAUGUAUUCACCCAUCCCUAACUAUUAUUAAUACUGUUUUACCAAAGUAGGUCUUAUAUAUUCAAAAAUUGGUUUUAAAUGAUAACUUAAUGGCUGCAGAGAUAUACUUAAUUGCAUGAGAACUAGUUGUCAAAGCCCCAAUCUGCAUGGAUAUCUAUACUAUUUUUCAUAUUAGAACGCACAGAAUUGCGCAUCCUUAUCAGCGGCGGAACAAUACGCAUCUCCCAUAAAAUGAUUAUUCGGUGUGUUCUCAUUUAAAAAAUAGUAUAAAUCCCCGUGGUUAAAUAAAUUUGCAUGGGUUAAUUAGUUUCACUGUUAAUUAAAUCCCCAUAAAUCAUGAGUCUCCAUGAAUAACCUCAUAGAUUAUUUCUUAACCAGAUUAAUGACAAAAAUGAUGUCUUUAGUAUUAUUAUUUGACUGAGUUUUUUCUUUUGUUUAGAUUAAGAUACCUAACCAUAAAAUUACACUUUGGCCUGGAUAUGAAACUUCUAUUGUGUUAUCUGAUUCCGGUUUAUUAUGGAGGACUGAAAUAUCAACAAAGGUUAUGCGUGAAGAAACAGUUUUUGAUUUUUUUGUGGAAUGUUUGAACAAUAGUAAGAGAAAUCCUGGUUGGAUGGUGAGUAAUAUUUUGGCUAUAACCAUAAAUUACUUUUCUAAAAUCAUUCUGCUGUUCUUUGAUUGUAUUUUAAUGUAAUCACAUUAUAUUUGUACUUGAAUAAUAUUUGAUUAGUGAAUAUCUCAUACUUAUUGUAUUACUUACUGUAUUUUGUAUCAGGUGUUGGUUAUUUUAAAUUAACUUUAUCUAUGAGCCUUAUUAUUAUGAAAAAAAAAAAGAAAAAUUACUGAACAAAAAGAAUUUGCUAUUAUAUAAAAAAAAUCAACACAAUGUUAUUAUAAUCAUUUUUUAAUUAAAUAUAAAUUUGAGUAAUAAAUUAAAAAUUAAAUAAAUUAGUAUAUAAUAAGUAUUUAAUGUUUUUAUAUUUUGACUUAAUUGAAUAUUAUAUUGUUUUGUAAAUCAGUUUCAGUUAUUUAAUGGAAAUGUUUAAAAAUAAGUAAUUUUAUAAUUAAAAUAUUUGUUUUUAAAAAAAUUUUUAGAAAUGUAGGUGGUUAUUAUUGAUAUUUAUUUUCAAAUGAUAAAUAAUUAAUAAUUAAAUAAUAAUAUUUGAAAAAUUGAUUUUUGUUUUACUUUUUAUGAAAUCUAUUACAAAUUAAAAAUUGUUAGUAUUUUUUUUGAUAAUACAAAUGUAUAUGAUUUUAUUAAUGCAAUAACAAAUUGAAAAAUGUACUUUUUGAAAUAAAAAAUAUACUACAUACAUAUAAUUAUGAAUAACAUCAUGUUUCCUUUACACAUAUAUAUAUAUAUAUAUAUAUAUAUCUAGGAAACCUUUAAAGCUGGAGUAAUAGGACAAACAGUCAUGACUCGCUAUAAUAAUGCAUCAUACAAAAUUGAUGAUGUUGAUGAGAAGGCAAAUACUCAAUCGACAUUUGAAAAAAAAGAUGGAUCUAAAAUGUCCUAUGUUGACUAUUACAAACAGGUAUGUGUAAUGUUAUGACUAAAAAACUUUGUUUUAUGCUAUUGACAAAGCAGAAAUGUGAUUAUUAAUUAUGAAUUCAAUUUUAUUAACUUUUUAGAAAUGGAAUAUUACAUUAAAGGGUGGCAAACAACCAAUGUUGGUUUCCAAAAAACAGAGAGCUUUAAAAUCAUUGGAUGAUAAAAGUAGCGAAGAUCUAAUAUAUCUGGUUCCUGAAUUAUGUAGUAUGACUGGAUUUACAGAUGAAAUGAGGUAAAAUGGUAUUUUUUUUUUAUAAAAUAUAAAGUUACAAAAGAAAAAAAAUUUCUAUAAUUUUUUACAUUUUUUUUUUUUUAAAUUUAAAUUUAAAUUCUAUUUAUUAGUUGAAUAUAAAAAUAAUUUAACAACAAUUAUAUAAUUGGUAAAUUACAGAAAUAAUUUUACCACAAUGAAAGCUGUGUCAGAAUAUACUCGCAUUGGACCUAGAGAUAGAAUUAAUCGAUAUUACAAUUUUCAUAAACGUAUGAAAUCUACUCCUGAGGUAAAUAUAUUUUUAAUGUAAAAUUAAAUAAUAGUUUCUUCUUCUUGACAUUCCUUUUCUCUCAGAGGCUGGAGAUUAUUUUGGCUAUAUGGAUAUUAUCUUGGGCUGUCUUGAGUAUUUGGUUGUUGUUUAAAUCAAACCAUUGCUUAAGAUUUUGUAACCAAUUUAUUCUUGGCGUUCCUCUGCUUCUUCUACCACACAAUUUUUCUCUCUAAUAUGAAUUGCAGAAUUUGGUAUUUCUCUUUCAUUGUGUGCCCAAAAUAUUGCAGCUUUCUUUUUUUGAUUCUUCACAUUACUUCCUUAUCUUUCUUCAUUCUCUACAGCACUUCCAAAUUUGUAACUCAAUCUACUCAUGAUAUAUUCAAGAUUCUUCUACUGUACCACAUCUUGAAUGCUUCUAUUUUCUUUAUAUCAGCUUCCUUUAAAGUACAGACCUCCAUUUCAUAUUUGAAUGUGAAAAAGUAGCACUUUAACAUUUAUGUUCUUAAUUCUAUUGAUAGAUUGCGAUUUAAGAAAAUUUUAUCCAUUUUCAAAAAAUCCUGUUCUGGAAAUUUACCUUGUACCUUAUUCCUUUAGAAGUCUCACCAUUACUAUUUAUCCAUGUUCCCAGGUAUUUCUAUUAAUAAACUCUUUACUGCUGUAUUGUUGAAGACCAGUUUUUUAUAAUUAUGUUGGGUAUCUGACUGAUUUUUGGUUAUUAUCAUGUAUUUUGUUUUAUUUACAUUCAUUUCCAACCCAUAUUUAAUAUAUUUUAGAGAAAGCCAAUCCAUAGUUCUUUGUAAUGAUGCAUAGUACCAGAGAGAUAACUUAUCAUCCACAUACGUUAAGUUUUUGAUAAACUUACUAUUUAUUUGUAUUCCCAUAUGUUCCUUUUAGAUGACUUCAUACAAUACAAAUUAUUCAUUAAUCAUUAAAAUUACUAAUUUAUGGGUAUUUAUAUUGAAACAAAAUAAUUGAAAAAUGCUAUAUGCCUUUGAUAGUUUUUCUAAAAGGAAACUCUGGCACUUGUCUUGGUCAAAUUAUUGUUUAAAAUAUAAAGAAUAUAAACAUAAUAUUAUGUUAUGCAUUCAUUUGAUAUUUUGUAAUAAAAAUAUUAUUGUUCUUUAUUGAAAAAAUUUAAACAAAUGCAUUUCAGGAUUAACAUAUUUAAUUAUAUUUUUUAGGCUAUGGAAUCAUUAAAAAACUGGAAUUUGGGCUUAAAAGAGAAACUUGUUGAAAUUAAGGGCCGCAUGUUGCCUCCUGAACUUAUUUAUACUGUAAAUGAAUCUUACGAUGGGGGAUUUGAAUGUGAUUGGUCAAGAAAGAUAACAACAAAACCCAUGUUUAAAACGGCAUCAUUAAGCCGUUGGGUAAUUUUAUAUCCUGAAAGAAUUGAUUAUCGGGAAUUUGUUGGUUCCCUUAUGAAAGUGUCUUAUGAAAUGGGAAUGCGAUUACCAAAUCCUGAUAUGUAAGUAUAUUUAGUAAUUUAUUUAAUUUUUUCAUUUUUAAAUAAAUAUGUAUAUCCAAUAAAUAUAUAUAAUAUAAAACAAUGUAUAAAUCGGUGGUGUGUAGUCAUAUUUUAUAUAGUAGACAAGCUGAAGAAAAUUUGAUUGUUGCUGCUGUUGGUUGUGUGAAAAUAUGUAGGCACUAGUUCUAGCUCUCAUUUAAAAAAAAUGUUUAAUUAAAUGAUAUAAAAAUAUAAUAUGAGAUAAAAACCCUUUACGCUUUGAAUUGUUUAAUUUUUAUUGGUUUUCAAAAACAUAAAUAAAUCUACUUCAUUAGUUUGUCUCACGAUAGAAAAGUACCAUUCCACGCAUGCUGACAGAGACCACACCACCACCAUGGAAUCUCCUCACGCGUUGCUAGUUCACGUGUUUUGGGUAGAAACGAGGUUUAAAGGAGGGGCGGAGAGGAAGAUGUGCGUUACUGACCAGUUUUCGUUAAAACGUACCUGUCUUUCGUGGGGCAAAAAUAGUUUUUUCAAUAGCUGUUUAAUACUGUGGUCACUUUACCUUACCUUUUUUUUAAUGUUUUCUUUCUUCAACAUUAUAAUAUUAUAACACAGGCUUUGGAUUAUAAAGAAAACAAUAAUAUUAUUAAAACCAUGUUACAACUCGGCAUAUUAAUAAAAACAAAACAAGUUCUUUUUUUUCCAUUUUGAGUUGGCUUUGAGUGUUUACCUUUCUUGUCAUGGUCACCUUCUACUAGUGUAUAAUAUUUAUGUAUGUUUUUUUUUUUUUUUUAGGAUACUUAUGCAUGACACACAAAUUCGAUAUUAUUCACAGAUCUUGGAACAAAUUAUAAAUGAAAAGAAUCCGUCAUUUAUUUUAUGCAUUGUUUCUUCGUCCAGAGCGGAUAUUUAUAACCUAAUAAAAAAAAAACUUUGCGUUGACAGAGCAGGUAAUAAUUAUUGUACUAUUAAGUUAGAAAAAAAAAAACACUUACCAAUUUUUUUUUAUUUGUUUGAAUUUAUUUGUCUGCUACUUGUUUUAUUUUAUAAUAAUUCAGUAGCAUCAAAUAUAAUUAAUUUAGUCGUUAAAAAUAUAUUUUUAUUUUCAGUUCCAUCACAAGUUGUAUUGUCGAAACAUGUCUCAAUAGUAAAAUUGUCAAUCGUAACCAAAAUCGUUGUUCAAAUAAAUUGUAAACUAGGAGGUGCACCUUGGAAAGUGGCUAUUCCAUUGGCUGUAUUUAUUUGAUUGAAAAUUUUAAGUUUAUUUAUUUUAACUAUGUAGUACUAAAUUUACGAUAUUUUUCAGAAACACAUGAUCUUAGGAUUUGAUGUUUGUCAUGAUAAGCAGAAGAAAAAUAUUUCCUAUGGUGCUCUUGUAGCCACGAUGAAUGACAGUCAGACAAGUUUCUACAGUUGUGUUGAACGGCAUGAAAGUGGACAAGAGUUGUCUGCUUUUUUCGGUGCCACCAUUACUAGUAAGUACUAUCAUACAACUGAAGAAUAGAUGAUAUCAAGUAAAAUAAUUGUUUAUUUUCAUUUAUGUUCAAUUAGAGCUCUGAUGUAUUGAAGCUUUUAAACUUAAAUUUUAAACCCAUAAAAUCCACAUUUGAAUAAAAUAAGUAUUAUUAAUAUUAAGUAAGCCCUAUCCAUAGCUCAAGUGGUAUUUAUGUUUUAUUUUUUUUUAAGUUUUUAAUUAAGUUCGAUUUAGGUUUUAAAUUUAUCAGUUAAGUAUUUAAUUAUUUAUUAUCAAAUUUUUCCAGAAAAUAGAAAUUAUUGGGCUGUUGUGUGUUUAUUUCUGUUAAUUUUUAUACGUAUAUAUAUAUAUAUAUAUAUAUUUGUAUAUUGUUACCUUUAGAUACUUUCUAACUUAGCAACUCUGUCUAGAUUAAAUGAGCUCAAUCUGUAGAAAAAAAUUUCUUAAUUUGGAAUUAUUUUAUAGGCCUGACAUUAGUGAUAUAAAUUUUAGUUGAAUUUAAAUAUGAAUUUCACAAUAUUGGUAUGGUGGGAUGAAGAUACAUUUUUAGCUUUUACCCCUGUAGACCCCUCAGAUGAAAUCAGGUGUAUGAAAUUUUAUAUAGACAUGGAGUCUUUAUCAAGGAUGUUUUUUUUAGGGAUUUCAACUUUAAUCCCUUCCUCAACAAUUUGUAUGCUCAAAUUUCACGUAUUCACAGAGAACUGGGUUUUAAAUAGCUUUUCUGAUUUGUACAAUAGAAAAAAAAAAAUUUUUGUAACAGAAAAUUUGGUCUGUAGUGACAAAGAUCUGCUGCUUACGGUGUUUUUUUUUUGUAAUUGUUGAACAUGAAAUUAUUUAGAGUAUUUAACAGUUUUAUAUAAUAAAAUAUUGAUACUGUUAAAUGUUACUUAGCAAUGAUUUACAUGGUAUUAUUCGAAUGACAUUAAAAUGUCAAUCUAAUUUUGUUUUUUUUUUAAUGUAAAAUAAUAAUGUAUAUAUUUUUUUUUUAUUAUUAUCAUUAUUUUAGAAGCUAUGCUGAAAUACAAAGAACUAAAUGGAUGUUUUCCAUUAGGGAUUAUUGUAUACAGGGAUGGAGUUGGUGAUGGGCAGAUAUCACAUGUCUACCAGAGUGAAGUAACUGCAAUUAAAGUCAGUGUCUAUAAUUUUCAUAGUGAAUUGUUUUUAAAUACAAAUGUUAUUCAAAUUAUAUUUUUUACAGAAAACAUGCAAUGUGCUUUGUAAGGAUAAUAGCCCUGGGUUGGCCUUCAUUAUUGUGAAAAAACGAAUAAGCACACGGUUUUUCAUAAAUGACCGUGCUGGUUUCAGAAAUCCAGCACCGGGUACAAUCAUUGAUACUGUUGUUACAUAUCCAACAAUGUAAGUAGUGAAUAAAAGUACAUGAGUAUUUAAUUAAAUUUGAAAAAAAAACUUUUUUAGUGUUUUGAAAUGUCUGAUUUUGAUGUAUUAUAAUUAAUAUAAUUAAAUUUAUAGUUAAUUUAUAUCGUAAUUUGUUAAAUUUAUGAAAAAUGUACUAAGAAUUUUUAUCAUCCAAAAAAUAUAGUAGAAUUAUUUUUUUUUUAGUUUUUCAUCCUUGAUAUUGAUUUAUAUUGCCAAUGGUAUAGAAAUUAAUUUAAAAAUGUUAAUUGAUAAAGAAACUUCAAAAAUCAAUUUUAACAAUCAAGUAUAGUUUUAAAAUUGUAUGUGUUCCAAAGUAAUUUUUUAUAAGGUUGGCAUAUAUCUCUCAGGUUGUAUAAAUAGGCAGUUUUCUAGGCAAAAUUAAUUCAAAUUUAAUUUUGCUGUAUAUUUCACACAGUGUGAUGUUAAUACAUUUGUAAAACACACAACACACUUUAAAAUUGAAUAAAAUAAAUUAAAUUUAGUUCUAGGACUAGACAAAUCAGAAUACAUAAAACAUAUACCAUCAAUGUUUUAUAAUAAUAUUAUAUAACUAAUAUAUCUAAUAGUUUGUUUUAAGUAACUUUGUUUAAUUAUCUGUUACAGGUAUGACUUCUUUUUAGUUUCGCAAAAUGUAAGAUUUGGGACAGUGUCUCCUACACAUUAUAAUAUUAUAGAGGAUACUACUUGUAUUUCAGCAGAUCAUAUGCAAAGAUUGACUUAUAAACUUACUCAUAUGUACUAUAACUGGGCUGUUAGUAUUUUUUUUUGUCAUUAUUCAAUACUAAAAUCAUAAAAAUUUAGUUCCUUUUGAAUUUAUUUUAUUUUUUCUAGGGUACUGUGAGUGUUCCUGCUUUGUGUCAGAUGGCACACAAGUUGGCUUUUUUGACAUCUCAGUCACUAAGAGCAAGUCCGAAUGUUGGUUUGGACGAGUUAUUAUACUUUUUAUAAGUAAAAUCAUCUGCAUUUUGAUAAUAUAAUAACUUUUAGUUUAAUUUUCUUACAAACAGUACAAGUUUAAUUAGUCAUAAUAAUAUUAAUAUGUGUUGAAAUUACCUUCUAAAUAUUUAAUAUAUUAUUGAUUAUUAAUAAAUAUGUUUUGGAAAAUAAA